AGAGAGAGAGAGUGAGAGAGAGAGAGAGAAACACACACAGACAGAGGGAGCAGACAGCACAAGAACUUCAUCAGGCUCCACUCAGCUGAGAAAAGCUGCUCAGCAGGAGGUAACAUGCCUUUGUCUAAAGGUCAAGCAAAGGUGAGAGACAGGCCCGGUUUGUGUGUGUUGGGGGUUGAGACUAUGUACGUGUGCAUGCAGGUUGUAGAGUGUGUUUUUUUUGUACUUGUAAUGUGUUUGGACUGUGUAUGUGAAGGUAGAGAGUGUAUAUUAUAGCUCUUUGUGUUGAAGCCCUUUCUCCUCAUUUCCCCCACAUGGAGCACCCAUUUCCUUCCAGGAAGCCCUGAAUGCCAUAAAACAUCAAAGUCUCUGGUACAGACACACACUAACACACACACACACGCACUGAUAUAUAUGCACACUCAACACUCAAACAGGUCUGCCUUUCAAACUGGAAAAAUUGGAAAACUUUUCAUAUUUUUUUUGAGAGUGACCACACAGUUAUAAACCACAGACUUCUUAAUCUAUUUCUCUCCCUCUCUUUCUCUCUCUUUCUCUUUCAGAGCGGUGGGGUCUGAGGCAUGCCUCCUUUAGGGAAUAGGAACAUCUGGGUUUGUGAGUGCGGCAACAGAGGAGUAAAACUCUUGGAACUGCUCUGCACAUUUCCUGUGUUUGGAGGUCUUACUUUUGCUCGUUUUGCUCUCUCCCUCUCUCUCUUUCUAUGUCUCUCUCCCUCUCUCUCCUACUGCUAUAUGGUGCUGCUUCAGUCUGCUCUCUUGCAGUGGUGGGGCAGUCUCUAACAGAUGUGUCAACCUUGCUUCUUUUGUCUGCUUGAUCUUUCUCCGUCUCUUUGUUUGGUCUCCUUUGUGAUGAGUCGUAGAGGUCCUGUAGGGCUGAAGGUUGGGUGCACUCUCUCAGGAAGCCAGAGCUGACCAGAUUCCUCCAGUGUUUUCUCAAAACAAGCCGCAGAGAAGGCCACAGGACGCGACUGAGCUGUAGCAGAUUGAGUCCUUGAUGAGUUUCUAAGUAGGAUACUUCAGUUUCUUUGUUCUCAACUGCUCUCCAACUCACAAAACACUUCUUCAGUUUAUAAAAGCAGAUAAACAACUGCCAAACAGCUGUCGAAAUGGCAGUGAUGGACUUCUUAUGGACGCUGGUCAUGUUAAGCCAUAUUCUACGCCUGGGCCAGGCUGAGAGUGUGCUAAGGGUGAAUUCUGGACUGCAGGUGAUCAGAGGGCAGAGCGUGUCUGUGACUGCAGAAGAGCUUCAGUUCAGUACCGAUGAAAGCUCAGAGGCCUGCAAAGUGGAGGUUGUGCUCAACGAGCCUGCGACUCAAAGGGUGGGGAAGCUCACUCCACAGGUGUUUGACUGCCACUUCCUUCCUGAUGAGGUGAAAUAUAUCCAUAAUGGCAGCCCAUUACUAGAAGAAGAUGCAGUCAUGCUGAGAGUCUACAGGUUCACAGAUUCUGAGACGUUCACAGAGACGUUCCUGCUGAAGGUUCAGGUGGUCGGACCACAGAAGAGUUUGAUAGAGUUUGGAAGUGUUCCCCUGGUCGUCCAAGCAUUUUACGGCCUCUCCAAUGCCAUUGACAGUCAGGUGCUGACCUUUAGUACUCAGCCGAACGUGGUCUGCAUUGUUCGUCUCCUCAGCUCUGAGAUGAACGUCCCAAUGCUGGGUCAGGUGGUUACAGAGGAUCCUGCACAGGCAGAUCAGGCCUCUGAGCCAAUCACUGGGCCAAGAAAAGGUCGACAGACGGCUAUAUCCUGUCCUGGAAACAAGGCAUGUGUCCAUAACACCCGAGUAGUACAGUUUCUGAAGACCAGCUGCAGUGAGUUCCUCACCUCAGGUCUGAAGUAUCAACACCUCAGCCCUCCUUCCCCAGAGAUCGAUUAUGUGCCGAUUAGAGUGGAGCUCAGGGACCAAAUGACCCGAGCCCUUCUGGAGGCGGAGAGCAUCUGGCUCCCAGUCUUGAUACAUGGAGCUAUGCAGAACCAGCCUCCCCAUGCUGCCUUCAUGUCCAUGUUCAUUCUGGAGGUGGACCAGUUCAUCUUGACCCCCAUGACCACAGCAGCUCUAGACGCCAAAGAUGAUGAGACCCCUCAGGCCAGACUGCUCUUUAAAGUCACCAAACCUCCUGCAGAAGGCUAUAUCACACAUCUGGAUGAUCACACCAAGCCUGUAUCCUCCUUCUCCUGGCAGGAUCUGAAUGAGAUGAAGAUCGGGUACCAACCUCCAAACAGCAGCCAUGUCAGCAGGCGAAACUAUGAGAUUGAGUUCCAGGCUGUUGAUAGCUUCUUUGCAACUAGUCCUCCCAUCAUGGUUCACAUUUCCAUCCGCACAGCAGAAACCAACGCUCCUCGUGUCUCCUGGAACCUGGGACUGGAUCUACUGGAGGGUCAGUCCAGACCAAUCACCUGGGAGAACCUGCAGAUUGUUGACAAUGACAACAUAGACGCCGUCACACUGGUGGCUGUGGAUGGUCCGCUGCAUGGACGCCUGAGUGUUCGAGGUGGGAAGGGCUUCAUGUUCAAAGUGAAGGACCUCCGUGAGGGUGUGGUGGUUUAUCACCACUCUGACAGCGACACCACCAGAGACUACAUUGUCUUCAGGAUCAUGGACGGCCGCCAUAGCAUCCGUCACAAGUUCCCCAUCAACAUCCUCCCUAAAGACGACACUCCUCCCUUCCUCAUCAACAACGUGGCUUUUGAGGUGCAGGAGGGGGGUUCAGUGCUGGUGGAGGAGUACAUGCUCCUGGCAUCAGACCUGGACUCCAGUGAUGACUAUAUACAGUACCAGAUCAUUAAUCCCCCACGUGCUGGGGAGCUGGUCAAAAAGGUGUCUCCACUUGAGCCGGGUGUUCCAGUGAAGACCUUUACACAGAGGGACCUGUUUCAGGGCUUGAUCUACUACAAGCACUCAGGAGAAGAGAAGUUUGAAGACUCAUUCGAUUUUAUCCUUUCUGACAUCCAUCAGCCUCCAAAUCUAUCAGACAGACAAAUGGUGGUGAUUCAUGUGUUUCCAGUGAAAGAUCAGCUGCCAGUGGAGGUCUCAGGCACCAUUCGCUCCAUCGUAGUUAAAGAGACUGAGGUUGUUUACAUCACACAGAGCCACCUUCACUUCCGAGCCCCCGAGCACCCGGACGCUGACCUCAUGUACUUUAUCUCCAGCCCAUGUUACAGUCCUGCCAAGGCCGGGCUUUCAGAUGCUGGAAGACUCUUCUACACAGAAAGCACAAAGUUCAUGAAAAAAGAUUACAUGGUUCCAGUGCUGAAGUCAUUCACUCAGCAUGCAGUAACCCACCACAAAGUGGGCUAUAUGCCCCCUAUAGAGGAUGUUGGUCCUGAGCCACUGUUUGUGCAGUUUGUCUUUUCUGUGAGUGACCAACAGGGCGGCGCUCUGACCGGGCUUGUGUUCAAUAUUACCGUCCUUCCUGUGGAUAAUCAGGCUCCGGAGAUGUUCACGAACCUGCUGAGGGUGGAGGAGGGUGGCAGUAGUUUCCUGAUGGAGGAGCACUUGUUGGUGCAUGACGUAGACAGCCCAGAGGAGAAGCUCAGGGUUCUGGUUCGGACCCCACCCCGCCACGGGACACUGGAGCUGCAGGGUGUGGCCCUGUCAGAGGGGGAAAGUUUUCACCUGCAAGAUAUAAAAGCACUAAGAGUUAGAUACACCCACGAUGACUCGGAGACUUUGAAGGACAGUGUAGGCCUUACUAUUACAGAUGGAAUCAACUCUGCUCAUGGUGAACUCUUGGUGCAGAUCCUCCCUGUGAAUGAUGAGCCCCCUCAGCUGGGGUCAGGCCUGAGGGCUGGACUGUCCUGUGAGGAAGGCGGUCGUGUGAAGAUCACUGCAGAGUAUCUAUUUGCCACAGAUGCCGACAGUGACGACACUCGACUCACCUACAUGCUGGCUCGGACCCCUGCCCGUGGCGUGUUACAGAGGGACAGGGUCACUGUUGAUAAGUUCUCACAACUGGAUGUGCUCAAUGGCCUCAUCUUCUACCUGCACACAGGUGGCGAGAUUGGUCCAGACCCAGUGUCAGACAUAGUCACUCUCAUAGUGUCGGAUGGGGAGGGCGACACUAGAGAUGGCUGCUGCCAAGAAGACGCUGUCCCACCACCCAUCCCACUGCAUGGGACACUUCCAGUUUAUGACCUCAACAUCACUAUCCUUCCUAUCAACAGCCAGGCCCCAGCCAUCACUAUAGGAAACAUGUUGGUGGUGGACGAGGGCUCUAGUGUGUGUUUGUGUGGAGGUGUGCUGGCAGCUACAGAUCCUGACUCCAAGCCAGAGCAGUUAAUCUUCCAGCUGGAGAGCCCACCUCAGCAUGGCUUUCUGGAGAACACCCUGCCCUCACCUGGCUUCGAGAAGAGCAACGCUGGAAUCCGAGUGGUUUCUUUCAGCCAGCUCCACCUCUCCUCUGGAUACAUGAACUACGUGCAGUCGGUCCACAGGGGUGCGGAGCCCACGGCAGACCACUUCACCGUCACUGUCAGCGAUGGGGUCCAUAGGUCAGGGCCUGUAGCCUUCUACAUCAUCAUCAACCCCACCAAUGAGGAGGCUCCAUCUCUGCUGCUCAGCAACUUUACAGUCAUGGAAGGAGGAAUGAAAGAACUGACCCCUGACAUUUUAGAUGCUGUUGACCUGGACGCUCCUCCAGACAUUCUGACCCUUACUGUUCUGGUGCCUCCUGCUCACGGGACCUUAAUGAAUGGGAUCAAUGGACUGGAUAUGAGCAGAUUUAAGGAGAUGGGCCCUGAGAUCCUGCAAAGGAAUCUUCCCAUCCACUCCUUUACCAUGCAAGCUCUACGACAAGGAAUGAAGAUUGUGUAUAUGCACGAUGACACGGAAACCGUUAAGGACAGUUUCACCGUGCAGCUGACAGAUGGCAAGCACACUGUCCAGGGGACGACGUGGGUCCACAUCCUACCAGUCAAUGAUGAAAAGCCACUGCUGCUAAAGAAUGCAGGUGUGGAGGUGGAGGCUCUGGAGCGCAGGGUUAUCUCCAGUGUGGUGCUGGAGGCGGAAGACCACGACACACCCAGUGACCUGCUCUACUACGUUCUCAAUGCAGGCCCCAGGUUUGGCCUACUGCAACUCAAGACAGAAUAUGGAUGGACUGACCUAAAUGCAGGUCAGAAUUUUACCCAGGAGGACGUGGAGAUGAACCGCCUCUGGUACAAACACACAACCUUUAGUGGGUUCAAAGGCCAUGACCGUUUCCACUUCUUCCUCAGCGAUGGAGACCAUCAGACGCCCCCACAGAGCUUCUUCAUUUCUGUCCACAUUGUUCCCAAGGGUGACAUUGUUCUAAUUGCCAGGCCCGUGACCCUAACAGAGGGAGAGAGGGUGGUGCUGACCACAGACAUUCUGAUGGCCACAGACAGUGGAAGCAGGUCGGAUGAACUUGUCUAUACCGUGACUGUUCCACCUAAACAUGGACAUCUGCACAUGGUCCAACACCCUGGGAUCAUCCUGCUGACCUUCACCCAGAUGGAUGUAGCAGCGCAUCGAGUGUGCUACACUCACGACAACAGUCACUUUACUGACCACGACUCCUUCAGCUUUCACAUCAGUAAUGGUGUGACCUCCAGAAGUGGUUCCAUUAGUUUCACUAUUGAACACACUGAUCUUAUUCCACCCACUCUGAGCAUCAACACCGGCCUCCAGCUGACUGAGGGCUCCACCGGAUCCAUCUCUUCUGAACACCUUCAGCUAACUGAUCCUGAUACAGCCUUAGAGAACCUCACCUACAGUCUCAUUCAGCUGCCACAGUACGGCAAACUGCUGCUAAACGGCCUCCCCCUGUCCAAGACCAGCUUCACACAGUUAGACAUCAACAACAUGCAGCUAAGCUACCAGCACCUCAACAGCUUCGCCAGGAUUGACAGAUUCACCUUUCAGCCUUCUGACGGAACCAAUAAAGGGUACCUGGAAUUCGGACAGCUGAGUGAGCAGCCAGCUGUUUUCACAAUCCAGAUAGAGGUCAUAGACAAGACCCCCCCACGCCUUAUCCACAAAGGCACCCCCAGUACAGUAGAGACUCUACAGGAGGGUCAGUAUGGCAUUUAAAUCACUUCCAAACAGCUACAGGCUUCAGAUCCAGACAGCACAGACCAGGAGCUGGAGUUCAUCAUCACAAGGCCUCCACACUUUGGAUACCUCGAGAACGCCAUAACAGGUGCCUAUAUUAAAGGCCGCUUCUCUCAGAAGGACGUGGACCAGCGAGCGCUGCGCUUCAUCAUUCCCUCAGACAUCGACGUGACAGCAGAUAGCUUUGAGUUUCAGGUUAAGGACCCUGCAGAGAACACCAUGCUGCCAGAAGUAAUGGAACUGAGAUGGUCUCGUGUGGAGCUGACAGCUUCCUGUUACCGUGUUUGUGAGAACGCAGGAACUCUAGCUGUUCAAGUGAUGCGCAGUGGGAACAGCGCCGACCCCGCCUACAUUGGCAUACAGGUGGAAGAGGGCACAGCCAAAGUGGGAAAAGAUUUCACUCACAGCACUGCCAGUCUCAUACAGUUCGAUCCAGGAGUAAAUGUCAAAUUCUGGAACAUUUACCUGAAAGAUGAUGGCCUGGAAGAGAACCAUGAGAAGUUGGAGGUGGUGCUGAAAGCACAAAAGAAUGUUGUUCUGGGGCCUAGAAACAAAGCGACGGUGGAGAUUGUGGACCCCCGAAAUGGUAGGUGUGACCCAGAUGAUCUGGUUGUUGAGGACAACAAUAAGAAGUACCCUACUCUCCUCCAUCCUCCACACACUGAUGAGUCCCCACUACGACCCACACCACCACCACAAGAGGAGGAAGACGAGUACACCCCAGACCCAAGCACUGGGAUCAUAUGGGAGAACUACCCACCGAGAGGGGACGUCCCGUAUCGCACUCAGUUCAUCCGCUUUAACGGUGCUGAACCUCAGAACCAAGCUCCCUUCAGACAAGGCAGGAGACACACUCAACUCCUGGGCAAUAACAGACAUAGAGGAAACCAUGAUGCCUCACACUCAACAUGGCUCCAUAGUUUGAUUCCUAUGAGGCCGGUAGAGGAGAGAUCCAUACCUCGUGUCCAUCCUGAAGUGGAGAUUACUCCAAUUUGGAGCUGGUCUGGACAUUCCACAGACAUCAAAUCAGUGGACAUUCCGCAGAGGGAUGCAGUUCCAAGUGACUUCAGCUCGGCAGUACACCAGCACAAGGCUGCAAAGGCUGUUAGUGUUGGCUGUCCCACUGGGUGGACCUACUACAGACGGAACUGCUACAUCCUGGGCCCUGGUGUUGCCACCUGGAGCAGCGCUCAGCAUGCAUGCACAGUGCUUGACGGUCACUUGACAAGCGUUCGUUCGAAGGCUGAUAUGAAGUGGUUGUGGAAAUUUGCUGUGAAACAGUCGUUCUGGAUUGGGCUUUCUGGUACUGCAGGGCAGUGGUCCUGGGCUGACGGCACAUCAUUAACAUUCUCUAAACUCAAGAAGGACAAGGCUUUAGACCAGCAGCAUCGUAUUAACUCCUUGCACAGAUGCGUUCUGGCUCAAGACCAAAAGAAAUGGACUCCAAAAGAUUGCACAAGACAAUCAGAACACAAAUAUGUUUGUUCAGCACCUUCACAAGUUAACAAGUAAAAGACUAAGAAAUAAACGUGUGCCCAUGCCAACAUCAUUCUUUUUUGUAAAAAAAAAAACAAUAAACAUUUGAUUAAA